UCUCGCGCGGACUCUUUCUGAGCAACGUGACGUCACGCAGCCCGAGAGGUGGCUCUUGGCCCGCUGCGCUACGGUGGCCGAAUGGGUUCUUUCCGUCUCCUAGGAAACCCGCGCGCGGAUGCCUGAAGCCGCCGGCGGGAAUCCAUUUUGGUCUCUCGGGCUGAGGAGAGUUUUUUGUGCCCCGUGCACAUUCACAGCUUCUGAAAUUCUUUAAGAAAGUGAUUUAUGAUCAUAUCCAUCCACUUGUAUUGGCUGAGGAAGGGAUUUUCAUUGACAGAUCCACCUAGUUAUUACAGUAAUUUAGAAGUUUUUAAAUCCAACUGCUGACCAUGGCUCAUCGGUUUUCAAAAGAAGACUUAGAUGAACAAUUUGAACAGUUUUUGAAAGAGUCUCUUUCAGAUGAUUCUUUGGGAAAUGAACCAAAAAAAAAUUCCAGUGUUCCUGAAACUAUUGGGCUGGCUAAGAAGAAGCAGCCUUUGCCAUGGUGGAUAUCUGAGGAUGAUUCAGACGAAGUUCCUAAGACAAACAAGUUUAUCAAACAAAGUAAUGAGAAGAAGCCUAUAGGGGAUAACGAUGAAAUGGCUGAAGAUGGUGAAGAGAAGAUUCCACUUUCAAAUAGCCUGUCUGUUAAAGUAGUUACCCCUGAACGUUUUUCAAGUGCAUCUUGCAGCAAGGCAUUGGCUAGAUACAAAAUAUUGGAAAAAUCACUUAAAGCAAAGAAAAAUGUGUAUUUAAACAAAGAAGACAUUCCUGCUUCUGACAACCUUCACCAUACUGAAGGAAAACAUGGUACAAGUGGCAGUUUUCUGAAGUCACAGAGGCUUUCUCAUUCUCUUGUGGAAGUAGAUGAAGAUCAUGUUGAAGGCAUUCAGCUCCAUCAACCUACUGGUGCUUCUGUCUCUUUAAGCAAAGACAGCCUGGAAACUAAUGAUUCAGUUGUUGCUUCAGGGCCUAAAGAGAAUAUUUUGGGAAUUGGAUUGGAUACUUUGGAGGAAGAAGAGGAAAAGGAGAGAUUCUUUGCUGACCUUGAGAAAGGAGCAUCAUCUACCAUUGACUAUUCAAGAUUAAACAAGGAGCUGGAUUCCAAUGAUUCUGAAAUGUUACAGGCAUUUCUACGAAAUCAUUCAGAAAUGAAGCAGGUUGAAGAAGAAAAUGAAGAUGAACCUAAGAAUCAUGAAAAAUCAGAUGCCCCAGGUGACUAUAGUGAGGAUUUUGAAGAAGAUUCAGAAUCUAAUCAGGACAAUAAAGGUGAUGUCGUGUCAGAAUUAAAGAAAGAAAAGACUAGCAUGCUGGCUAAAGUUGUCCUCCUUGAUUCCCAAGACUCAGCUCUGGAGACUCAAAAGGCCAGCGAACAUCAGGAUGAUGUGCUUACAGAACAUAACCUACCUAAAGAAGUCAUUGCAGAUGAGAUGAAUGGAACAGGUGUUUCCUGUGGGCAAACAAACAGUGAUAUUGAAGCUUUGCAUCAGGCCUAUUGCCAUAUUGAGCAGUCUUUAGGGGAUACUGAUGAGCAAAAAAGUCACACAGAUAAAAUAGAUACUUCAGAGAAUUUGAUUAAAGAAGUUUCACAGAAUAAAGAAGUCUGUCCCCCCAAUACCUCCAAUACGGAUUCUGAUUUGCCUACCAUAGAAGAAUUGAUGAAACCUAUCAAAGCAGAUACAUCAUUUGCCAGGGGCUGUGACUUAGAACCUCCAAGUUCUCUAAAAGUCACACAUGGCUCCACAGAUGAAUUAGUGAGCCAUUUACCAUUUAAAGAGCCCCAGAAUGAUAUAUCAAAUCUGGAAAAGCAAAACAUUAGUACUUUGAACCACCACAGUGAGCAAGAGAAUGUUUCUAUUCAGCCAGAGGUAAAGAAGGAUAGUGAAGAUACCCCUCAGGAAAGGGCUGGCAAAGACAAACUGGCUAACAAAGUUAAACAAGAUACCUGGAAACAAAACAUACUUCCAAAUUCUUCGCCAUUGCAUCAAAACAACAAACCUGAUGAGACACAUCAGCCCAUCACUUGGAAUAAAGAGAGUCUCAGUUCAGUGCUGAAUAAACAACUGAUGCAUAAGAAUGCAAAAAACACAGUGGCUGCUCAUAGGAAGAAGUCUUCCAUUGGACCUUAUAGCUCUGUUAGAAGUUCUGGGUAUGGAAAAUCUAGUUCUUCAUUAAAGCACUUUUCCACAGUUAAUGAGAAGACAAUAAAAGAGAGCCUCAAAAAGCCAGUUUUGAAAGCCAGAUCUCCUCUAAAGCAAAAAGAAACACCUGGAACUAAGGUAAUACAGACAACAAAGGAUCCUGUUUCGAUGAAGAGAAAUUACUGUGCUACACAUGGAGAGUCAUCGGCAAGUAGUAUUCAAGAGCAAGUUAAAGAAAAUGACCCUUUCAUCCACAACCACAAUGUUGCAUCAUAUUCACUCCCACAAAGCAGUGAAAGGGAGCUUUAUUUAUUAAAAAGAAUUCAGGAAGCUGAGGAAAAAUUGGCUUCGGCACAUAGUUUGAUUCAGCAACUAAAAGCCACAUCUUUGGAAAAAGAGAAGGAAAUGAAAACAAAAAUCCUGCAGCAAGAUAAAGAUCUCUUUGAGCUAAACAAAGAAACUUAUGUUCUUCAGUCACAGCUAAAUCAUAACGAAAACUUGAACAAAGAAACAAAGUGGUCAAAUAUCAGGGGAGGAAAUCCUGCUGAUGGAGAAAUGUUGAAAGAAAUACAAAAAGAAGUCCAAAAUCAGGAGAUGCUUCUUCAAGGAUAUCAGCAGGAAAAUGAAAGAUUAUAUAAUCAGGUGAAAGAACUACAGCUGAAUAACAAGAAAAAUGAAGAAAAUAUGUUUAAAGAGAACCAGCGUUUGAUGAUUGAAUUAGCAACCUUACGGGAACAAGUGGAUAAAAAUAACCUUUUAUCAUGUGGAGUGCAGAAUGCUGAACCAGCUGUGAACCAGAAUUUAACAGAUUUAAUUUUAGAACUUCGAUCAGCCAAGGCUAUGGAAACCAAUUUGCUUGAAGAGAAAAAAUGUCUAAAGCAAGAUAAACAAGCUCUUGAAGUAGAUCUUUUACAAAUAAAGAAGGAACGAGAUUUGGCAAGAGGCCAGAUUGCUUCCACUUUAGAUGAAAAAUCAUAUGAGAUGAAGUUGAUGGAAGAAUCUUACAAGGAUGAAAUCAGUCGUUUGCAGAAAAGACUCCAGUGGUAUGCAGAAAAUCAGGAGCUCUUGGAUAAAGAUGCAAGUCGUCUUCGUGGAGCAAAAGAAGAAAUUGAUAAACUGAAACUAGAGGUGAUUGAAGAGUCAGGUGAGGUCCGCGCUCCUGCUGUUCUUCCCGGCCCGGAGCCCGCUCCUGAGGUACAACUGGUCCCGGUACCGGACACGCCAGCUCAACCCACCAUGGACUUCGUCCACGAGAUGGAAGGCGCCACUCCCUCCUCCCCUCCUGGGGAACUGCCACCGCUGUUCCCCCACUCCGAGGAUGAGGAACACGGAAAAGAGGUCCGUAGACACGAAGCCCCGGACCUGUUCUUCAACUCCGAGACGGGCCGGUACUUCAUGUCCGUCCCGAGGGAUGUGGCCUUCAAGGAGUUCACCAGGCUCAACCCUCACCCUGCUGACCCGCGGGAGGGCACAUCUGCCCGGUCGAUCCCGAGUGUCUCGCUCAUGGAGAAGCCUCCAUCGUCACCCCGCCGGCGCUCUCAAUCCUCGACAGGCCCCAUCCCAGUUCAGCCGAGAUCCCAGGUCAGGGUUCCGGACAUUCCUCUCACCUCCGACACGGACUCUGAGGAUGAGCCCUUGCCUCCGUCCAACGUCCCGUCGGAAGACGACGACCUCUCGGCGUCUGCUUCCCCGCAGAGGAUGCACCACCCGGAACUGUCUUCCCCAUCAGAUGACGUGCGCUCUUUCAGUGAGCACAUCGUGAAGAUGGCGAGGGCUCUCGACAUCGAGCUCUCCUUCCCGGAGGACGAUGCCCGCGACCCGGUGGAGCGCCGAGUGCACGGACGGGUGCCCACACCACCUUGCAUUCCCCUGCUUCCGUCAUUGGAGACCAUAGUCCGGAGGUCUUGGGACUCCCCAGCCUCCCUGUCUGGCUCAUCCCGCAAGGCUGAGUCCCUCUACAGGGUGGCCCCGGCAAGCUGCACCUGGUUGGCCGACCACCCCAAACCGAACUCGGCAAUUGUGGAAGAAGCCCAGCACAGCUUCGUCCCGAAGCAGGCGACCUCCCCUGUCGACCAGGAGGCGAAAAAGGUGGAUGGCCUGGCCAAGAAGGCCUACUCGGCAGCGGCCCUUGCGGUGAAGGCCAUCAAUUACAACGCCUGCAUGGGGGCCUACAUACAGACGCUCAUGGAGCAGAUCUCCUCCCUCAUCCUGGACAUCCCAGAUGAGAUCCAGAGACAGCUGGCCGAGGUCAGGGACGAGGCCCACUCCAUCGGGAGUUGGCUCAAUACCGCCUCCAGGAACAUGGCAGACUGUGCGGGGAGGGCCAUGUCGGCAUCAACGGUGCUCCGACGGCAUGCCUGGUUGAGGGCCUCGGACCUCAAUCCUAGUGUCAAGGCGGCCAUCGACAUGCCGCUUGACGGGACCGGACUUUUCCAUGCCGAAACCGACGACUGCCUGAACAGGAAGUUCAGGAUGAAGGCGGCGGCGAAGAAGCAUGGAAUGUCCUCUGCAUCCGUCUCGCCAUUCCGGAAGUGGCAGCGCCCGUGGCAGCCACGAGGUCAAAUUCAUCGGAGCCAUCCUCGAUUCCGAAAGAUGCUCCGCCUUCCUUCCUGCAGACCGCUUCCAGGCACUGGUUACAUCGCUGAGACCCUGCAUCUCCCACAGAAGAGUGAGGGCCAGGGACGUCCAGAUUGCCCUGGGUCACAUGGCAUCAACGACCUUCAUGACGCCGUGGUCAAGACUCCGUCUACGCCCGCUCCAGGCUUGGUUUCUGUCGGUCUUCUCUCCGAUGGAGGAUCCCCCGUCCAAAUGGUUGACGAUACCGAGGCCGGUAGCCGCCUCCCUGAAUUGGUGGCUGGACGAGCACAACGUGCGCGCGGGGAUGCCCUUUCAUCAACCGCAACCGCAGGUGACGCUGACAACCGAUGCUUCCCUAGAGGGCUGGGGCGCCCAUCUGCUCGACCUAGUUGUCAAGGACAAAUGGUCAGACUCGGACAGUCUCCUCCACAUCAAUGCCCUCGAGAUGCUCGCGGUCGAAAAGGCCCUGAGAGCUUUCGAAUCCGCCGUGACGGGCAGGGUGGUGCUCUUGAGAACGGACAACACCACCGUGAUGUAUUACAUCAACAAACAAGAUGGCACCAAGUCAAGGACCCUCCUCGAGAUUACCCUGCGCAUCUGGGACUGGUGCAUACAGAGACAGGUCCUCCUUCAAGCGAUCCACCUUCCAGGGGAGGACAACGACUUGGCAGACCGCCUCAGCAGAUCGCCCUCGGUAUGCCACGAAUGGAGGCUCCAUCCGGAGACGGUCGGCGUCUUGUUCGACAUGUGGGGAACCCCCCAGAUCGACCUCUUCGCUACCGAAUGGAACAGCCACUGUCCCCAGGUGCUCUCCAAGAUGAUGCUAGACCAGACCGACGCGAUCCUGAUCACACCAUGGUGGCCAAGACAGCCGUGGUUCGCAUCCCUCCUGCAUCUCUCCAGAAGAGAGCAAAGGAAGACUCAGAAGAGUACAUUGCAGCCCUUAAAGCAUCACAUCAGAAGGAAUUAGAGAAAAUUCUUUGUCAACAUGCUGUGGAACAUUCUACUUACAAAGUAGCCGAGUUAAAUAGUAAAAUUUCAACACAAGAGAUUUUUAUAAAACAUCUUCAGCAGCAAGUUCAUGAGUUCCGGAGAGAUCAAGAAGCCCUUGUAAUCUCACAAAAAAGAGAGGAAAUUCUUCAAAAAGAGAUGGCAAAACUGUUAGAAGAACUCGGAGAGGCUAGAGAAAGGCAGACCCCUGAGAUGAAACACUUUGUGUGCCUGGAAAGAAAGAUCAAACAAUUGGAAACCCGAUAUGAACAAAGAGAGCAAGAACUUCAGCAGGUAAUACAGGAAACACGGCAUAUUGCAGAAGUAGAACAAAUCCAGGAAAUUGAAAAAUGGAGAAAGCUAGCAUUGCUGAAAAAUCAAGAGCUCGAGAAAUUUCGCAUUGAGCUAGAUUCAAUGUUGGAUGUUCUACGGCAGCUCCAGAAACAAGGCGUCAUCAUUCCAGUUAGUUCUUCAAACAUGCCAGAAAGUUACUGGAAGAUCUGAACAUAAGUUGAUCAAGGAAAGUUAAUAAGGAUGAAAAUAAAUAAGCUUGAAAACAAUCCCAGAAAGUAACUAGUUUCACUUUUUAGGAACUCUGUCCACGUUUCUGUUGUAUAAAUUAAUCUCAUC